UUGCAUUGGCUCGCUCGUUUUUUCCCCGCAGUUUAUUUCUGUCGUCCAUUGAAAGGAAAUCGCUGGGCCAUCCCCCCGACGCGCGCCUGUGCUGUGGAGCUCCCCCUUGCUGCGUGCAUCGUGAUCUAGUGGAUGCAGAGUCUUGCAGAGAACGCAGGGUCACCUUCUGUCACUGCAAGGGGAAAUACUGACUGAAUUGCAGCAUAGGCUGUUGGGUAGUAGUGCACCUCCAGCAGCAGGCAGCAUCUCUGGUGAUCUCCUGCAGGGGACCAACAGCUCUCUCUAAGGUUUAUGGAAACCUGACCUCCCAUUGGUGGAGAAGUGCAUGAGGAACCCAGCUCUGCUGCAGAGGACAGGUUUAGUCAUUAGAGUGCUUUGCCACAUCCAGGAAAAUGUCUGGCUCCUACGAUGAAAGUGCAGUUGCUGACGACACCAUGGACAGCUUCUGGGAGGUGGGGAACUACAAACGUGCUGUCAAGAGAUUCGAUGACGGCCAUCGGCUCUGCAAUGACCUCAUGGGCUGCCUGCAGGAACGUGCCAAGAUAGAAAAAUCCUACGGUGAUCAGCUAACUACUUGGUCCAAGAGAUGGAGGCAGCUCAUUGAGAAAGGCCCACAGUACGGCUCUGUGGAGAGAGCCUGGUUGGCUGUGAUGACUGAGGCGGAGAAGGUGAGUGAGCUGCACCAAGAGGUGAAGAACAACCUGGUGAACGAUGACGUAGAGAAAGUGAAGAACUGGCAGAAGGAAGCUUAUCACAAGCAAAUGAUCGGAGGCUUCAAAGAGGCCAAGGAGGCGGAGGAAGGUUUCAAGAAGGCUCAGAAACCGUGGGCCAAGAAGCUCAAGGAGAUGGAGGCAGCUAAGAAAGGGUACCACAUGGCCUGCAAGGAGGAGAAGCUGGCUGCAGCCCGAGAGGCCAACGGCAAGACCGAGGCUUCUGUCACGCCAGACCAGCAGAAGAAACUCCACGAGAAAGUGGACAAAUGCAAACAGGAUACGCAGAAGGCUAAAGAAAAGUAUGAGAAGUCUCUGGAAGAACUGAAUAAAUGCACCCCGCAGUACAUGGAGAGCAUGGAGCAGGUGUUUGACCAGUGCCAGCAGCACGAAGUCAAGAGGCUGACCUUCCUCAAGGAGGCCUUGCUGGAUAUCAAACGCCAUCUUAACCUCACCGAGAACCCAAGCUAUGCCACAAUAUACAGAGAACUGGAGCGCACAAUCCUGGCUGCAAACACACAAGAGGACCUGAAGUGGUUCAGCAACAACCACGGCCCCGGGAUGCAUAUGAACUGGCCUGCAUUCGAGGAAUACAACCCAGACCAGGCCAGCGCUCCUCCAAAGAAAAAGAAACCAGACGGAGCCCCACCCACUCCGAGCACUGACCAUGUGGCUCCACCUGGUGAUCGUAGCAGUGUGAGCAGCUAUGAAAAAAACCAAGCUUACUCGACUGAGUGGUCCGAUGAUGAGCAACCCACUACGUACUCUGGCAACGAAAACGGCGGCAACGGGAAUUCAUUCGAGGAUGAUUCCAGCACUGGCAAAGGGGUCCGUGUCCGCGCUCUCUAUGAUUAUGAAGGCCAGGAACAAGAUGAGCUCACCUUCAAAGCAGGUGACGAACUGACCAAGACUGAGGACGAAGACGAGCAAGGCUGGUGUAGAGGUCGUUUGGACAACGGCCGAGAGGGACUGUACCCGGCCAAUUAUGUCGAGCCAAUCUAGCCACGUUACUGGACAAGGACACGCCAUUGGAGGCAGCUUGAACUGUCCCGUCCAAUUGCACCGCACAUAGCCAGAGACUUAAGAGCAACACAUCCCUUGCCCAACAGAUGCGCCAAGCAGUCUUGCCUAAAUAAAAACUUAGUAACCUAAAAGACAGUAUAUCAGUAUACAGUAAUAUAUUUUAUCCAGCAUUUGGGGUGGGUGGACUUACACAUUUAAAAACAGGAGCAGCAGUUAUUCCAGUAUAUACACACUCAACUAUAACACCAAAACAGUGCAGGAACACAUUGCUUCUCUGUGUAGCUGUAUUUAAAGUGUAAUACAGCUUAUUUAAACUUGCAGUAUACUGCAGUCUGUUCUCUUGUGAAAAUGGGCAGAUAAUAUAAUCAGUUAUACCCAUUCGACAAAGACAAGCUUCUUUAACCUGCAUUGUGUAUAUACAGUGUGAUGCCAUUUUUGUGUAGCAUUUCUAAUGCUGUGUGUGGUCAGUCGUCAUUCUUACAUUGGGAAUGCUGUGUAGUGUUUAAAGUACCACAGACAGUAUCCUCUAUUUAUUUUUUAUUUUUAUUUUUCUUUCUUUCUUUCUUUCUUUCUUUCUUUUUUUUGUGAUUUGGUCCAACCUCUUUCCAGUGUGUGCAGUGCUAUGUGUUUUUAAACUGUUUCUGAACUUGCAUAGCAGCAUGUGCUAUGCAACAACCUUGCAUUCCCUGAUUCCUGCAGCCUGGUUUGGGCUACAACCUGAUGCAACACUUCAACUACAAAUGCAGAGUUCACUUCUUUGCAUCACGCGCUUCUGUCUCCAUGAAAAGGAAGCUCGUUCAUGAACUGAUUUUAUGUUUGUUUGUUUUCGUUUUUAACUCUUUUUUUUUGUCCUCUUGCUUUCUUAGCAUCACAUGUCCUUUGACAAUAUCAUCUCCAUGCAAUCCAUGG